AUGAAUACAUACCGGCACUACGGCGCUGAAGAAUUAGAGGAGGACAAAUCUUUUGCCCACCAAUUUGGUGAGGUCGAUGAGCUCGUUGCUCAUUUUGAGGCUCGCACCGCGAGAGUUCGCCCAAACCCUGGACAAGGGCACUUUCUAGGGGGUACUAUUACUGUAUCUCAUGGUCGUGGUGGUGGUGUCGCUGGUCGGCCAAAUCUGACGAGAGCAUACGUUGGAAUAGGAUGUCAGCUUAAUCCAUCUCAGAUCGAUCCUCAAUGGGCUGCUGUUCCCGCGCGAGGUACUGCAACCCCUGGACAACCGCGCUUUCCGGGGGCUACUGUUCCUGUAUCUUCUCCUUCUGCCACCUCAUAUCCCUCUUACCCCUCAUAUCCUUCUACCACCUCAUAUCCUUCUACCGCCUCAUAUCCUUCUACCCCCGCAUUUAAUCCUGCUACUCCCGCAUACAACCCCCCGACAUCUCAGCAAAGUAUUCCAUCGACUACUACCGCCGCGAACAAUGCUGCAAUUUUUGGUCAAGGUUCUGCUUCUCAGGUGGGGGGUGGUGGGACUGCUACGGAGGGGACAACUGCUGCUGGUUUUACUGCGGAAUCAACGAUGACAGGUGGUGGGUCUGCUGCUCUUGAUUAG